AUGUCCAGAGGCUGGAUGCAGGAAUUCAUUGUGGAAGAUGAUAUGGAGGGUACUUCGGCCACCAACAACCCAAAGAACCGCGAUGACUCCAGCUCGAAAGAGGAUAAAACAAAAAGGGGAACUGUAGACCAGUGUAGCCACAGCUUAUUUAACAGUUCUCCCUUAGAAUUUGCCUCAUUAGUUAGUCAGAAAUUUCAAAACAAACAGAACAAGGAUUUAGCUGCCGUUUUAGGAUUCCUCAUCAUCGCCUUGCUACACAAAUCUCAGGCCUCCCACUUUCAAUUCUUUUUCGAAAAUGAAAUUAUGUUCGACAAGUGUCCCGAUGUGCCGGAUAAUAAUGGCAUACACGAUUUGUGCGAUAUAUCGGAGUACCAAAUUGAAUUCAUUGAUGGCAGUAUCAUUGUCCAGGGCAACGCAACCGUCGUUUGGGAUGUCCAGCCGGAAGAUCGCAUUGAAUUACGCUGUGAGGUCUUCAAAUACCAGCGCGGUGCCUGGCAGCCUACAGUUUUUAGUUUGAUCUCCAAUGAUUUUUGUGCCGAUCAAUUCGACAAGGAUUCCUAUUGGCAUCAGUUGUGGACGAAACACAUUCCCGCCGAAGAGCGGAAAUGUCUCAACAACAAUGGGUUAACCUAUCACAUGCCGCUGUUCGACAUAAGCCCGGUAUUCGAUGUCCAAGUUAAUAUUGAAGGUCGUCACAAGGUUGUGACCACUUUGACGGCAUAUGAAAAUGGUGUGAACAAACGUCCGAAUGGCAUUUGUUUUCAAUUUAUUGGAGAGUUUAUUAAAAUCUAAAGCAUGACAGGUGCUAAAAUGAGGAAGAACACAUAACCAAAGCAGCUCUCAGGUCCUGAGUAAUUAUUCUAAACGGAUAUUUUAUUUUGUAAGUUGGAAAUAAAUUGUUCAUUUUGUUCCAAAAUUUUUUGAAACCUUUUAAAAAGAUGGGAAAAGGUUAUCCAUAUUGGCCCAAUAAAAAAAAACAGUAAA